AUGACCGACCUGCUGCAGAUACUGCCUGACUUGGACGCAAGACCAUAUUCACAUCUACUACCCUCGCUCGACAAAGCCCUCAUCACCACCAAUGAUCUCCUUACUCUCGACGCUGCUGAUGUGGCCAAGCGCGCCCAGCUGCCAGCUGCUGAGUUGAGGAAACUCGCCGAUGCUGUCCUCCUCGCCCUUCACCGGCAACUCGGUUUCGGAGGAGGGGAAGUCGCCGGUAGUUCCUCCUUCCUUGCCUCAUCUACCAACAACCCAGACGUUUCCAAAGAACGGCUAGGGUUCAUCAGCACUUUGGACGAGGAGCUGGAUGCUGCUUUGGGUGGCGGAAUCCCUCCUGGCUAUUUGGUAGAAAUCACUGGCGAGAGUGGUGCCGGCAAGACGCAAGUACUACUCACCCUUUUGCUUGCUUCCCAAUUGCCGCCUCCGCUCGGUCUGGGCAAAUCAGCCAUCUACAUUUCUACUGAAGCAGUGCUCGCAACUACUCGUCUUACCCAGCUGCUCUCCAAUCAUCCAGCCCUUGCAUCACGCCCGGUUGCUGAGAGACCCUCGCUAUCGCGUAUCCUCAGCAUACAGACCCCUGAUCUUGAGUCGCAGGAACAUAUUUUGCGCUAUCAGCUUCCUGUCGCUGUCAAAAAACAUGAUGUUGGUCUUGUCAUCCUUGACUCUGUUGCUGCAAAUUAUCGUGCCGAAUUUGAGAAGAAAGGGCCCAAUGGUGCCGCUGCCUCCAUGGCCAAGCGAGGCACUCAGCUAGUACAGCUCGGAGCCUUGCUGCGCGACCUCGCGCGUACUGAAGGGGUCGCAGUAGUGGUUGCGAACCAAGUGGCAGAUCGCUUCAGCAAACCUCCUACAUUCUCUGCCUCUCGUACCACUUCAAGCAACAGCCAGGGUAACGUACGCACGGCCUCUAGCAAUAGUCAGGGAACCUCGCAUGAAAAUACGCCUCUGCCGUUGGGUACAGCUUCCCAGCUUGAAGAAGAUAUAACGCUUUCUCCUGAUCCUUUAACGUUGGACCAUCAGCAACGAUGGUUUACCGGGUGGGGAGAUUUACAGCACGAACCAUCAUAUGCUCAGAAAACACCGUCGUUGGGGCUCGUCUGGACGAAUCAACUAGCUUGUCGAAUAGCUCUUCUCAAGCUACCUGUCUUUGCAAACAGGCCUUUGAUCCACAAUGUCAAUGGAGAAGACCAGUGGAAUGAAGAAGAUACACAUAUCUCAAAGUGGCGAAGAUGGUUCAAGGUUGUCUUCGCACCGUGGACCCCGCCUUCUGAAGGGAGAGGAACAGAAUUCGAGAUUGCGAAAAGUGGCAUCAGGCAUGUCUCGAAAGAGAAGACUAAACAAUAG